GGGCAAUGCUCAACCUAUGAGCUUUAAGGGGGACUGUGAGGCUCUUGUUAUUUGUUAACAUUGCAGAAAGGAACAUUGAAACUUCACUCCUUCUGGGCCUUGAAUUGUGGAAAUAUUCUCAAUCUUACAUGCCAACUCAAGAAGUAAUUUUUAAUCUUAGAAGAUUAAAUAGAGCCUGGAGAUCACCUGGAAGUAAAGCUAUUUGAGAUUCUAUGAAGUUAAAAUUAAAAUUUAGUGUCUUGAAAGAAGCUCGUCUGAUCAAACCUUGUCACAGAAUUUAACGCCCAAAUGCGGAAUCGAGGCCACCUGGAAGUGAGAUCAAAAACAUUGUUGUGGCAACGAAAUGGCCGUUCACUUCAACUUUGGAAAUCUUAGUUAUAUUUUGAAGUGAAUAGAAGAUACUGCUUUAACCAAUCCUCAGAAGAAGAAAUCAUAUUCAAGGGAUAUUGCUUUUAUUCAAAAUGCCGGGUGCAAAAACUGGAUCAAAGGGAAAGAAGAAAAAGUCUGGGAAGCUUUCAAAAGCUGAGAAAGAAAGACUCAAAAGAGAAGAGGCAGAGAGGAAAGCACAAGAGGAGGAGGAAGCAAGACUGCGAGCUGAACAGGAAGCAAAGGACAGAGAAGAGAGAGAAAAACAGGAGCAAGAAGAGAGACGAAAACUUGAAGAGCAGGAAAGAGAAAGACACCAGGCAGAAAUUGAUCAGCUUCGUGAAAGAAUAGAGCAAAACAAGGAGAAUCUGCUGCAUUUUCAAAAGGAAAGGCGAGAGCAGGAAAAGUGGGAUAGGUAUAUGCUAUGUGAUGGAAGGCCCGAUCCCACGUCAAGCAAAGAACUGAACACGUACCUGAAUUUGUGGAAAGAUGAAAGCGAAUACAAAGAUUUUGCCGAUGUUUUGGAAGAAUGUGAACUCACUUUAGAGCUCAUAGCAGAAUUGCAGAGGGCAUUGGAAGAAGAUGAAGAUUUAUCAGAAAACGAGACACAAACAUACACAGAGUCUAUCAGAGAAAUGUAUUCUUUGCUGGAGGCAAAACUUGAUGAAGGGACAAUGUGGCUGUUAAAGAACCCAGGCGAUAACAUCAAUCCUGAGACAGAAAAUUUGCAGUGUAUUGUCCAAAGUAAGAACUUCAAAAUCUGCACUUGGGGAAACACAGCCAAAAACCCGAGGGUGAAGAGUGUGGACUUUCCAAGCGAGGGUUUCAUGAUCGAGAUUCCACGGUCCCUAGUUCUUGCUGACGUGGCUACACGCCUUCUGUACAGGAAUUACGACACAAUGUCACCCAGAUGUUCUACGUACUUGCCAAAAAGUAAGAAGGCAUCCGAGGCUGUGUCUUUGCCUCCAACCGAGACAGUCACAGAAGAGGAUAAGAGCGAGAAGGUAACUGAACCGGAGCCAUCGGUGCCGAAAACUCCGGAUACUGUUCUUCACAAUCCGGAACCGGUCAGAGAAAAGUCGAGCAGUCGAAAAAGCCGCAAAAGCGCAAGUAGGUCAAGUCUUGCGAGUGCAAAGGAAAAACAACAAGAGAUCAAGGAAGAGGAACCGAAAAAAGAAGAAGUUGCAGAAAUGGAGGAUAAACCUACCGAAUCUGAAAUAAAGACUUUUGAAGAGGACGAUGAAGAUCUGCUAGACGAAGAUGUCGUUGAUUUGCGAUCGUUUUCACCAAUGGGCCCUGUUGCGUUUAUUGAGCUGCUAGAAUUGCCACCGCAGAAGCAAAAAGUUGAUCACUGGUACAUGCAACAAAUUGUUUCAUCUGAUCUUAAGAGGCUAAACUAUGCAGUGCAUGGUGCUUCCCAAGGGAAGUCGUUGAACGAGUCGCAAUAUAUUGACCAAGAAAGCCGCCAUAUUGGCUCAGCUAAAAGCAGUUCUUCCAUUCCAAGCACGCCGAACGUUAGCAACCUGAAACCCAUCGCAAUAACUCUUAAAUUGCCAAGUGACGUCAUGUUUUUUGAGCAACCACAACUUGCGCGAUGGGACGAGGUUUCUUGUCACUGGAAGCUUGAUGGUUUCAAUGAUACGAUGUACGACGAAGGGAACCGAACAAUAUCAUUCAAAACGUGUCAUUUUGGAGCCAUUACGAUAGUACAGGAUUUGUACCUAAACAUGCCAUUCCAGUCCUGGGAGCUGAGACCAUUGUCAUUAAAUAACUGCACACUGACUGUUGUUGCUGCCAACGUAGAUGCUGAGAUUGAGAUCAAGGGAGCCCAGUGUUGCUUGAGAAAGCCUGAUGACAGUGAAGCUCUGAAGGGAUGGCUAGGUGAAUGGAUGGCUCCCAAGAUCCUUAUCAAUAAACUGAGGGCUUCGGGAAUUAAUAUAUUUCCAGCGCAAGAUGGCGAGAAGUACGUCAGCAUAUGUAAAAAGGACCCAGAGUUUGUAGAUAGUGUAUACGAGCAACUUGCAUUGUCAUCGUCAGCCUAUGCAUACUGCUGGAGCAAAUGGAAUGGAGUAGAGGAAUGCCCCGAGGAUACCAUUGUACUUGGUGCCGUCGAAUGGUGCAAAGAUGAGCAACCAACUGAGGAGGAUUAUGUUCUAUACAUGGCCUCUACAAGAAUUUGCUACAAACUGGCAAUGGGAGAAUUCGAUGAAAACUUUUCAAAGGACAUAGCAGAAAAUACACAGAUGCACCCUGGCUUAUUUCACAUGGUGCAAGAUAAGGGAAACGAAACAGCCAAACAGCGUGUUAUGGACACAUCUUUCCGCUAUGCAGAUUGCGUGUACCAGCUUUUGAAAGCGACUAAUGUUCUUGUCUAUUCUUAAUCUAACAGUCCUUGUCGAUCUAUCCAUCCUUCGAUGCUUUUUCUUUUUGAAAUAUUAUAAGGUUGUAAGAUAUUGUAUAUAAUCAUUCAUCAAACUUUGAUCUA